AUGUCUCAUGCGACAUACAACAGGCAGUGGGUCGAAGGUCAGGCCCAGCUGAGGGACUUGAUGUAUUACGAACUUCCGCUGGAACCACCCAAACCUGAAAAGGAUCGUAAAGUUGCUUUUCAGUUCUUAGCAACGAUGUUUGUGAAAUACGUUCAAGUACUUUGCAAGAUUGAGCGAUGCUACGACCAGAUCGUUCAUCCACAAAAGAGGAGGGUCCUCAGACACGUGCUCGAUGGGACCAUUGGCCGGGUGCUGGAACUGAAGAACGAAAUGGUCAACCUUGAAUUUUCCGAAUUCCACUACUACGACGACAUCCUUUCAGACUAUAAAUUAACGCCCAGUGACAUCGAACUGCCGAUUCCAAAGUACUUUUUAUUUGAAAGGAAGAAAACCUUGAAAGAGCGGGAAAACUUAUUGAAUUCCAUUCUCGGUCGAAUGGGAAUGUUGGGACGCGACGGUGGUAAAGAGAAGAUCCAGUUAUCGUUUGAAGAUGCCAUUCAAUGCAUACAAAAAAGCGAACGAGCCAGACAGGGUCGUCUGCGGGCGAAAUUUAUGAAAGAAAUCCGACAGCAGGAAGAACGAGAAAAAAGAGCCGAGACGAAAGGCCUUCCAUCCAUUAACCCCGACGGUGCAGCCACUAAGAUACAAAAGGUAUGGAAAGGAUAUUUGCAGAGAAAACGAACUGUUAUUGAACGUGAAACUGAACUGAUAUUUCUUGGAAUGAACCCGCCCCCUCCGCCGGUCAAUCCGAAGAACACACCGGAAGCAAUUGCGGCUCAGACAAUGGACAAAAGACGCGCAACGCAGGAGUUAUAUGAACAGGAAUAUCAACAAACCUUAAUCACCAUCAAAGAUAGAAUUCGAGAUAAUGAAGGUUCAGAUUUGAAGGAGAGAAUGCAAGAUCAGAUUAGGCAGUGGUUUAUUGAAUGCAGAGAUGCAACUGGGAAAUUUCCAGAUUAUCCAGAAGAAGAAGACGGUGGAUCUGCGAUGAUUUUCCAAGAAAAAGAUCCAGCGGAGCUGGAAGCUGAACUCAAAGCAAAGGAAGACGAAGAAGAACAAAAAAAGAAAGAGAAAUCAAAGGAGAAAAAAGGGAAAAAAAAGAAAGAUAAGAAAGGAAAGAAAUCUAAAGAUUCUGAUAAAGAAGAGUACGAAGGAUGGAAAAUGUCCCCGUCUCAGUUUGUUCCGGUGAUUAAUGAUGGCUCGGAAAAAUACAAAAACGUCUGGUCACAUCGGGAUGAGAGCGACAAUUUUAUGCAAAAACAUGACACAGAAUUGAUCAAAGAGGAGAAAAGAGUGGAAGUGGAGACCGAGAUACGUGUGCAGGUUGACGAGCUGAUGAGGGAGGAACUCAAGAAUUUGAAAAUGGCCGUGGAUCGGGAGAAAGCGAAGAAGAAAGGGAAAAAAUCUGGCAAAAAGAAAAAGAAAGGCAGCGGCAAAAAGGGAAAAAAGAAAAAAGAGAAAGAUCUCACGCCAGACAGGUCGAUUGAGUCGUUGUACGAGGAACUAGUAAUGCAAGGUAUUAUUAUCCCUUCUCCAAAAGUGAAUUUAUUUGACUAUUUGGGAGAUUAUGGUUAUUUAGGAACCAUAUUGCGUCAAGCUGGAUCCGAACCAAUGCCAAGCCUCAGUGAUAUCCGUCGAGUGAUCACGCUCUUUGCUAUUCUCCCUCUUGGCUCGACUUUUGUGCAUGAGAAAUCUCCUCUGAUCAAAUCCAUUCUUUUGGCGGGUCCUCGAGGCACGGGUAAAAAGAUGUUGGUGCACGCGAUUUGUACCGAGACAGGAGCCAGCCUUUUUGAUCUUAGCGCACCAAAUCUCGUUGGUAAAUAUGGCGGGAAAGAAGGUCUCAAGAUGUUGAUGCACCUUAUAAUGAAGGUACAUUUUUCAUUUUCUCAAAUUUCUUUAUUUCAUUCACUUUCACUUUUCUUUAUUUCCGUUUUUAUUCUCUUUUCACUAUUUUUUUCUAUUCGUUUCUCUCUUUUUCCUUUUUUAUUUUUCUCUUUAUCUUUCUUUUUCUACCCUUAUUCUACACCUUUUCUUUCUUUCUUUCUUUCUUUUAUGCACUGUGUCCCUUCAUGA